GCUGGCCGCUGACGGCCUGGCGGAGUGCGGAGUCCGCGUUGUUUGGCCAUCACUCCCGAAAAUGGCGGCCGUGCUGGACGAGGUCGGCAAGUCCGCCGAGAAACUCGUGGACGAGGAGAAGGACGAGAUUGUCGACGGGGAGGACAAGACCGGGGCAGCAGAGGCCUCGAAGAAGAAGAAGAAGAAGAAAAAGAAGAAGAAGGCCGGUGCUGGAGAAGCUAGUGCAGAUGUGCCAGAAGGAGAAGAAGAGAAGGCUAAGGAUGACGACGCAGUGGCCGAAGGUACCACAGAGGUAACCGUCGUAACCGAGAACAACGGUGAGAACGAGGAGGCCAAGAAGAAAAAGAAGAAGAAGCGCAAACCCAAAGAUAAGGGCGGUAUUAAACAGCAGACGGAUCCGCCGAGCAUUCCCGUGUCAGAAUUAUUCCCGGACGGUAAUUUCCCGGUGGGGCAAGUAAUGGUUCACGGAUCCGCUGGGAUAGACGACAGGAUGGCAAAGAUGCGCUUCACAAGCGAGGAGGCGCGUGCCCUCGACAGAAUGCACAAUGAUAUUUACAACGAGGCCAGACAGGCGGCCGAGGCACAUCGACAAACCAGAAAGCAUAUCAUGAAAUGGAUCAAGCCGGGAAUGACUAUGAUAGAGAUUUGUAACGAGCUAGAGGAUACCGCUCGGAAAUUGAUAGGGGAGGACGGUCUCCUGGCUGGAUUGGCGUUUCCAACCGGUUGCUCCCGCAACCACUGCGCGGCCCACUACACCCCAAAUGCCGGUGAUCCGACUGUUCUCGAGUAUGAUGAUGUCACCAAGAUUGACUUCGGUACUCACAUCAACGGACGUAUCAUCGACUGCGCGUUCACUUUGACAUUCAAUCCUAAGUACGACAAGCUGAUCGAGGCUGUCCGUGAUGCUACCAAUACCGGUAUCAAGGCCGCCGGUAUCGACGUGCAAUUGUGCGACGUCGGUGCUGCUAUUCAGGAAGUUAUGGAAUCGUACGAGGUGGAACUGGAUGGCAAGACGUAUCAGGUGAAAUCAAUUAGGAAUCUGAAUGGCCACUCGAUCUCCCCUUAUCGCAUACACGCUGGGAAAACGGUGCCGAUAGUCAGAGGCGGCGAGGCGAUUCGAAUGGAGGAAAACGAGUUUUACGCGAUCGAAACCUUCGGAUCUACCGGUAGAGGCGUAGUUCACGAUGACAUGGAAUGUUCGCAUUACAUGAAGAGUUUCGACGCCGGUUUCGUGCCAUUGAGACUGCAAAGCAGCAAGUCACUUCUUAAUACUAUCAAUAAGCAUUUCGGUACUUUGGCUUUUUGUAAACGCUGGUUAGACCGCGUCGGUUGCACCAAGUACCAAAUGGCGCUGAAGGAUCUCUGCGAGAAAGGUGCCGUGGAAGCGUAUCCGCCGUUGGUCGACGUCAAGGGCUGUUACACCGCUCAGUUCGAGCAUACACUCGUUCUGCGUCCCACAUGUAAAGAAGUUAUUUCCCGCGGUGACGAUUAUUAAAUCGGCCGUUGUUUUAUGUGAAUUAUCAACGGAUGUCAAGAUGUAUUUUAAUCUCGAUGUACCAUCUUUGUCAAAAGCAUCGCGUUCCGCAAUGUGCGAUGCGGUAAGAGUAAUUAUUACAAUACGUUAGUAACUUGGCAUUUCUGAGUGUGAUGUACUAUCCGUAGCUUUAUUUUUUUUCUCGAUCGUGAAGAAGUAUCGCAGCGACAGUGCGAGUUUCGACGUAAACGAUAAAAACGUACCCGGUAACAUCUAUCAAACAUCAGUAGGCCUAUUCUGUAGCUCUUAACGUUUCGUUGUCGUUAUAUUUGCGUUGCACAGAUAUUAUAUAUAGUAAAAAAGCUGCGCAACGACAAUAUAAUGAUAAACUGUCGUUAAGAGUUACAGAAUGGGUCCGCAGGUGUUUCCGUGUCGUUUAGUGACACAUCUCUUUCGACUUUUCUUUCUUUUAUUUCUACAGGCAUCUAUACUUCGAGAAAAAGAUCUAUAUUCGCUGUUAUAUUUCUCGCAACGUUUUUUUUUAUUAUUGAUUUCUUACACGUUGGAAUGGAAAUGAUGGGGUUGAUGUUUAGUGUUGAAUAAAAUAUAUUUGGAAUCCGA